AUGGCGGCGGCUGUGGUGACGGCGGCAGCGGCUGCCCCGGCCCCGGCCCCGGCGCCGGCAGCCGGAGUGAAUGGCGCCUCUUCCGUGCACUGGUUCCGCAAAGGGCUGCGGCUCCACGACAACCCUGCGCUGCUGGCGGCCGUGCGUGGGGCGCGCUGCGUGCGCUGCGUUUACAUCCUGGACCCGUGGUUCGCGGCCUCCUCCUCAGUGGGGAUCAACCGAUGGAGGUUCUUACUUCAGUCUCUGGAAGAUUUGGAUACAAGUUUAAGGAAACUGAACUCUCGCCUGUUUGUAGUCCGGGGACAGCCGGCCGAUGUAUUCCCAAGAUUAUUCAAGGAAUGGGGGGUGACCCGCUUGACCUUUGAAUAUGACUCCGAACCCUUUGGGAAAGAACGGGAUGCAGCCAUCAUGAAGAUGGCCAAGGAGGCCGGCGUGGAGGUGGUGACUGAGAACUCUCAUACUCUCUAUGAUCUGGACAAGAUCAUUGAGCUGAACGGGCAGAAACCACCCCUUACCUACAAGCGCUUUCAGGCCAUCAUCAGCCGCAUGGAGCUGCCCAAGAAACCCGUGGGCUCUGUGACGAGCCAGCAGAUGGAGAGCUGCCGGGCCGACAUCCAGGAGAACCACGAUGACACCUAUGGCGUGCCCUCCCUCGAGGAGCUGGGGUUCCCUACUGAAGGACUGGGCCCCGCUGUUUGGCAAGGAGGAGAGACAGAAGCUCUGGCCCGGCUGGAUAAGCAUUUGGAACGGAAGGCCUGGGUUGCCAACUACGAGAGACCCCGAAUGAACGCCAACUCCCUGCUGGCCAGCCCCACGGGCCUCAGCCCCUACCUGCGCUUCGGCUGCCUCUCGUGCCGCCUCUUCUACUACCGCCUGUGGGACCUGUAUAAAAAGGUGAAGCGGAACAGCACACCCCCUCUCUCCCUGUUUGGGCAACUCCUGUGGCGAGAGUUCUUCUACACGGCAGCCACCAACAACCCCAGGUUUGACCGCAUGGAAGGGAACCCCAUCUGCAUCCAGAUCCCCUGGGACCGCAACCCCGAGGCCCUGGCCAAGUGGGCCGAGGGCAAGACAGGCUUCCCUUGGAUUGACGCCAUCAUGACCCAGCUGAGGCAGGAGGGCUGGAUCCACCAUCUGGCCCGGCACGCCGUGGCCUGCUUCCUCACCCGCGGGGACCUCUGGGUCAGCUGGGAGAGCGGGGUCCGGGUAUUUGAUGAGCUGCUCCUCGAUGCGGAUUUCAGCGUGAACGCGGGCAGCUGGAUGUGGCUGUCCUGCAGUGCUUUCUUCCAGCAGUUCUUCCACUGCUACUGCCCUGUGGGCUUCGGCCGCCGCACGGACCCCAGUGGGGACUACAUCAGGCGCUACCUGCCCAUAUUGAAAGGGUUCCCCUCUCGAUACAUCUAUGAGCCCUGGAAUGCCCCCGAGUCCAUUCAGAAGGCAGCCAAGUGCAUCAUCGGUGUGGACUACCCCCGGCCCAUCGUCAACCAUGCUGAGACCAGCCGGCUCAACAUCGAGCGAAUGAAGCAGAUUUACCAGCAGCUGUCCCGCUACCGGGGGCUCUGUCUGCUGGCAUCUGUCCCUUCCUGUGUGGAAGACCUCAACAACCCGGUGGCAGAGGCCAGCUCGAGCCAGACUGGGAGCAUGAACAGUGCGGGCCCAAGACCACUCCCCAGUGGCCCAGCGUCCCCCAAACGCAAGCUGGAAGCAGCCGAGGAACCACCGGGUGAAGAACUCAGCAAACGGGCCAGGGUGGCAGAGUUGCCCGCCCCAGAGCUGCCGAGCAGGGAUGUCUGAGACGGCAGCACUGUAGCUCCGUGAGCGAAGCCUGGGAGCCCGAGCAGCCGCCACGGCAGCAGAGUGCAACCGGCAGAAAAGCUGAUCACCGACGGAGACUAGACUGAGCGAACAUGUGUGCUUGUGUGUACGCGUGUGCAGGGAAGGAGUGGUGUGCGUGUUUGCGUGUGCAUGCAUCUGUUUACACUCUCGUGAUUCUGAGCAUGGCUUGGGCUGGAGGAGCACGUGUAGCAGCUUCACCUCAGCCUCCAGACGCCAGGCUAGAGGUCAUGGCAGUGACUUUCAGCCAAACCUGUCCCUGGGAGCCAGCUACCUUGUCUGAAUAGGAGAGUAGUAGGACCCUAGCUGGGACUCUGGCACCUGCUCCACCCACCCCGACCCUGAGCCCUUCCUCCCUCUCUCACCACAUCGGACUGAGGAGCAGGAGGAUGACAUUGCUGGCUUUUGUCCAGAGCAUGGGAUUCUAGAAGCAGCCAGGGCCCUGCUGAGUUCCUGCUUUAUGACGCGGGUGGUUGGGCAGGCUGGAGGGGACAGAUGCUCUCCAGAUACAGUCACCUGGUCUGGCUUCUUUCUCAUCUUAAAUUUUCCUGCCACCGGGUCCUCCAGAGCCCUCCUCGGGCAUCUGGGACUGAACCUGAGGCUGUAAAUAGAUCUGGAAACAUGCCGCCAUCCCAGGGAGGUACACCCAGAUGCCGGACUCAUGGGCCAUACCCACGGUACUGUAGACGCUAGCCCCAAAAGUGCCCACCUUUCUGGAGCUGAAAACCUAAAGUUAGGAAUUGAAUUGCAGCUUUUACUGUUCCUGCCUCAGAAGCUGAGAGCCAGCCUCAGCACUGACUGUGGAGACUCGGUGCCUCCACAAGGAGGAAGCCAGGUUCCUGGUGCCAGAAAGCCCCCUGGUUCCUCCAGCCAUAGCACAGUGCUGCACUGAGCUGACCCCCAGCCGGGAGAGCCAUUCUGCCCCGUGGUCUGUAGGCUUCUGGGGAAUGCCUGGGACUGGUCCGCUUCCAAGCUCCUGUGUCAGCUCUGCCGGUGGCCAGAUACCAAGGACCCCGGCAGGUGGACUCGGGGGAACUGCCAGAGACCGUUGGGAAAUGUCCAAGCAGAGCUCUCAGCCAGCACACCGACCCUUCCAGAUGCGGCCAGUGGGGGGUUUGACCCAGAGAAGCCAAGGCCUUGCAUUCCGGGACUGGCCUGGCUCCCACCUCAGCCCUCCCACUGUCAAAGGCCUGUGUUGAGAAGGACAUAAUGAAAAGGACUGUGUGGUCAGCUACAGCCGGUCUUCCACCCUGUGGCCUGCACGUGAGCCACAAUGUGUGCGUGUGAGUGUGUGUGCGUGUGUGUGUGUGUACAGGUGCGUGUAUAACUGAGAGGCUGAUUUCUCUUUGGAUUUUGUCCUCAUGUGUAACAUUAAGCUGGCCUCCGGGCCUUUUCCUCUCUACCUCCCUGUGACCUUUCCCAGCCUCAUAGCUGUUAACUCCCUUGGCCCUUGCCCUGUCCCUCAUUGUCCUCCUCUGUCCUCAGACCAGAACCCUGGGGUCAGGCCUUUGUUCCCUCAGCUGUCCAGCACGUUGACAGGCUCCUUCCUGAGAUAUCCUCAGGCUUUCUCAGCCGGAGAGCUGCCUCCAAGUCCCCCUGUUGUAUGUGUGUCACCCUCACUAGAAAUGUCCCAUAACCGUGGGGGAAGCAGAGCCCAGGUGAUGGUGUGUAUUCAGAGCGUUGAGUAGGGGUCUUCUCUGUUCCUCCAGCCCCAGCCUAGAGGCAGGAGAAUUGGGGGCUGUUGCCAGAAGGGGGAGUAGAGCGAGCCUGGAAGGGCUGUUCUGAGGGAUUGGGAAUGCCAGAGGGCUUGGGCCCAGAGUCAGUAUUUGUUCAGCAGCACCUUCAGGUACCAGGAUGUUUCCCUUCUCCUGCCUGUUAGAUGACAGCCCUCUUCCCCGAGGUACAAGUUGGUGGGACCACCUCCCCCUGCUUCACCAUCCCUGGCAAGCUGGCCCAUUCCCAGCCGAACAGAGUGGUCCCCUCCCAGAGCUGGGAGGGCCGUGGUAAGGGGAGGGUGCAUCCAGUGGCCCAGAGCUCCAUGACGGCUUCGUGCCUCCCCUCUUCUAGCCCAAGUGGCCUCGGGGCUGCCACAGAACAUUGACCCAAAUCCUAAUCCAAGGGCCAGCAUGGGGAAGAGAUGGUCGCAGACAAAAUGCACUUUAUACAGAGAUUUCUUAUUACUGGGAAGGUGCGUUUCUCCCACAGUUUGUGAAUAUUCACGUGUUUCAUAAAUGUCUGAUCCUGUCUGAGCAAA